AUGACGAAUGAAAACACGACAUUGAAUAGCGGCGCGCCGUCUGACUUGCUCCUGUUGCACCUUGACUCUUCAUGUUAUUCAGGAGUGUCGCCCAUCGCGAAUACGCUCGUUCAUCUGUGUUGCGAUAGAGCUGGAGUCGGCCUGUGUGUAAGACGCACGUAUUGCAAAAUUGACCGAGUCAUUCAUCGGUUUAGCGGAUGCGAGUAUCGCAAAAGAAAUACCAGGCCAAUCGUCAAGAUAGGGCUCAGGAAGGAUGUCGGCGGCGAUCCGGAAGGUCAUUGA